GUCUGCUUCAGCAUGGCGGAAGGAUGAUGACAGAUGCGGUGAUACGGGUUGAAAUCUCUCGGGAGUAGAAGCAUCAUUGAAUGUAUCAGUGGAUUUAUUAACAGUUCCAGUAGUUGUAUGAAUGGUUUCAGUAGCCUUGGUGGUAGUAUCAGUAGUUGCUUUAGUAGGAACUGGCGGAAGUGCACUAGACUGUAAAGAAGAGCUUAGCUAAUAAAUAUAUAAAAUGAAAUGGUUAGUAAUAACCAUUGACAGCGACAGCAGCUUCAACAACCGUACCAUCGUGUAUAAGACUGUAAUGGAUGAACUUGACGUUUGAUUUCAGCAGUUGAGUUCUCGUGACUUGAUUCAUUCAAAUUCAUUUCUCGUGACUUGAUUCAUUCAAAUUCAUUUCUCGUGACUUGAUUCAUUCAAACUCAUUCAAACUCAUUCAAUUUCAUUCAACUGCCAAUGUCCGAUCUCGUCGAUCGCUCUCCUUGGACUGAGCGAUACCGUCCAAAAACACUGUCUGAAAUCAGUGGACAGAACGAGGUCGUUGCUGUUCUUUCAAAUACCAUACAGACCCAAAAUCUGCCUCAUCUGCUGCUAUAUGGUCCUCCUGGAACUGGAAAAACUUCCAUCAUUCUGGCUCUUGCUCGUCAGCUUUAUGGUGCAAAUGGCCUUAAAGGACGUUUGUUGGAACUCAAUGCUUCUGAUGAACGAGGUAUCGACGUCAUUCGAGAAAAAGUCAAAAACUUUGCAAAAAUCACCGUCAGUGCUGCUCAUUCUAAUGCUCCUCCAUACAAAAUUAUUGUAUUGGAUGAAGCAGAUUCGCUGACUACUGAUGCUCAAUCUGCGUUGCGUCGUAUCAUGGAAAAUUACUCCAAAAUUACUCGAUUUUGUUUAAUUUGUAACUAUGUUAGCCGAAUCAUCGAUCCACUUGCUUCGAGAUGUGCUAAAUUGCGCUUCAAACCCAUACCUAUGCCUAUUGUCAUUGAACGUUUGGAGCUUAUUUGUAGCAAUGAAAAGCUGUCAUUUGCUCCUGGAGCGCUGGAUUUUCUAGCUACAUCUUGCGCUGGCGAUCUUCGCAAAGCCAUCACACUUCUUCAAAGCAUCAAGAAAGUCAGCAUAGGCUCUACAGUCACUAAAAGUUUAGUAGCAGAUAUUUCUGGAAUCAUUCCUGAUUCAGUAAUGGCUGGCAUUAUACAGGCAUGGUCCUCUGGUAAAGUCGAAAAUGUUGAAGCUGAACUCAAGCAAACAAUACGCAUGGGAUAUUCUGGCACAGCCUUUAUCCAGCAACUAUCGAAUCUGAUUGCAGAAGAUCCUCAUUUGAAAGAACGACACAAAAGUAAAGUAGCUGUAUUGCUAGGUCAAACAGAUCGAGCCCUAGUGGAUGGUGCGGAUGAACACCUGCAGAUUCUUAAAGUUUUGCUCAUGACUAUGGUUCACUGA